CCUUUGUUGAUCUUCUUUUGGGUUCUAUUUAUUAGAAGCACGUGCUCGUCGUAAAUUACUGGUGGUGGUGGACGAGCUAGACACUUCCUAAUAACAGAGCAAUUUAUAAGGUGAUCCAUUUUUGGGUUCUAUUAAGACUAGGACUUAGCGUAGCGCCACCAGCUCUAGGACGUAGUUUUGUUUUUGGCUCUUCAGCAGCCACUCAUGUCUGCCAGGUUUCCCGGUAGGCCCACACCUAACCUAACCUCUAUUUAUUAGGAAGUGUCUAGCUCGUCCACCACUGAGACACUCUUAGAACUUACAUUAGACUAUAGUCGGAAAAUUUUUUUUGUUGUUGAAGAAGAAGUCAUGAUUUCUUUGUGCAAGUAGUUGGUAAUUGCAAACUGACAAAGAUUGAAGUAGCCGUACUCUAUCUAUGCACGACUGCAAAAAUUGCUACUCCUACUACUAUCUUCCCAAUAAGGAUAGUUAGUUCUCAGUUCAAGUUGAAUGUUUGCUUGUCGCUUGUCAAA